AAAAACUCCAACAGGAAGAGAAGGUUCUAACGGAUGUUGUUCCGGCUACGAAACGUCUUCCUCAGUUCUUGUUCAAUUUCUCGCUCUUACAGACAACCAAACAGUCGUCAUGGCUUCCUCUGUGCCCAUUAAGAUUGGAAUAAUUGGUGGUUCAGGCCUUGAUGAUCCAGACAUCUUGGAGGGAAGGACUGAGCGAUAUGUCGAUACACCGUAUGGAAAGCCCUCUGAUGCCCUGAUCCUGGGGAAAAUCAAAAAUGUGGAAUGUGUUCUCCUUGCAAGGCAUGGCAGGCAACACACCAUAAUGCCUUCCAAUGUGAAUUACCAGGCCAACAUUUGGGCGCUGAGAGAAGAGGGCUGUACACAUCUGCUGGUUACCACGGCCUGUGGCUCCCUGAGGGAGGAGAUUCAGCCCGGAGACAUCGUCAUCAUAGAUCAGUUCAUUGACAGGACUACCAAGAGAGCUCAGACGCUGUAUGAUGGACAGCCCACCAGUCCUCCAGGUGUGUCUCACAUCCCCAUGGCUGAGCCUUUCUGCAACAGAACCAGAGAGGUUUUGGUGGAGGUGGCGCGGAGUCUGGGCAUCAAGUGUCAUGUGCGAGGGACUAUGCUGACCAUUGAAGGACCCCGGUUUUCCUCGCGGGCUGAGAGCCUCAUGUUUCGUCAGUGGGGUGCUGAUGUCAUCAAUAUGACCACUGUGCCAGAGGUGGUCCUCGCCAAGGAGGCCGGCCUGUGCUAUGCCAGCAUCGCCAUGGCAACAGACUACGACUGUUGGAAGGAACACGAGGAGGCGGUCUGUGUUGACAAUGUACUGAAGACGAUGAAGGAGAACGCCAACAAAGCCAGCAGUAUCCUGCUCACUGCAAUACCCCAGAUUAGUCAGAUGGACUGGGCUCAGACAAUGAAGACCUUGAAAUCAAUGGCACAAUCUUCAGUAAUGUUACCAAAACACUAAGGGUGUAGAAAACAAUAAAGUAGAAAAGGAUAUGGAUUCCAGACACCACCCGCACCGACUCCGACACGGACAACAGACUCAACCCUGCCUGUGGAUUUGUCAUCAGUGAAUCAUAAGAAAGUGCCUCACAUAAAUAAUGCAUGCGCUGUGUCUUCAGCUGGAGUUUCAGUGUUUUUUUUCUCAACUCAAAACACACACAUAAAAUCCCCCUCUCUGGCCUCUCCACAUUCAUGAACACGUCACCCUUUUUCUACUGAACACUUCAUUCCAAUCACUUGAUAAGGUACAAAACAUUUCAAAAAAUCCACAAAAGCUUUAAGGUCUUCUUGCAGUUAUACUAGACAUUUUUUUGUCUUAGUUAAACUAGUUAAACAUUUCAAGUUUUUAUAUUUGUUGCUAGUAAAUCAUUGGUGUCUUUAUAUGUUUAUGCAGGACAUAAUAAAAAAACAUUGCAACUUUAGCACAUGAAUACUUUGCUGCUGCCUUAGUCUUAACUAAUAUACUUUUAGAGGUUGAGUCUGAUGUCUUGAACGUCUUUGGUACUCAAGUAAAAACUUUUUAAUGCCUGCAUAUACUCCAGCAAAGUGUAGUUAGGAUAAAACUCUUCGUUUUGGGAAUGUCUCUCUCUUUGCCUGUUGGGCACAUUUUUAUAUUUUGUGGAAUACUUUCAUUUUUAUUUAUUCUAUAUAACUGUUUUAUGUGCUUCAUGAAUCCAAACUUAACAACAUUUCAUUUAUAUAUCAGCUAGCAUCUGCACAGUAUAGGCUAACUUUUCCAGCUAUCAUUAAACCAGUUAAUCAGUAGUAUUUUUUAGUACUUUUGAGAUACAUAUACCGACACAGGUGAGGCAUUUUUGCACACCUAAAAUGUUUGAUAUAUUGUAUCUUCAUACUGUAAGAUUCAGCAUUAUCUAAUGACGUUAGCAUUUUUGUAGGAGUGCGAGGCCUUCUGGUACCACUCAUGUCAUGUGACAUAUCUGCAUUUCCUGCAACUGAACCUCAUCACACUGGCACAGUGUCUAAAAAUAUUUGCUCUCCUUGUAUUUCCUCUUUGCUGCCUUGUAUUAGCAUAAUGAACAAACUAUAUUAUGCAGGAUAAAUGGACUCGAUAGAGACUUCCAGAGACUUUGACUAUUCAGUGAGCUGAGGUCAUGUUUUGGAGUUGUCAGUAAACAUUUUACAAUUUCACAGCAGUUUGGACUGAUGAAAUGUAUCUCACCAUUUGCAGUUUAAUUUGUCACAUGCUCAUCCAGUAUGUGCUGUGUGGUAAACUCUCUACUCUCCUGUGUAAAAAUGGCAAGUGUGUUAUAAAGAAUAAUGAUUAGAAUAAUAAGAGUUAAAGAGAAGACUCAAGAGAAAAUAAAUGUGACGGAGAAAGUGAUGGUGUAUUUAUAUCCUCCAGAAUUGCCAUUUCAGAUUUGAACUUCUGCUCCUGAAGCAUUAAUGUUUGCUGGAAAUAAAUGUUGCCAUUGGUCUCAUUAUAUAA